AUGGCGGGUACUACAUCUUCCUCGGCAUCUAAUCCAAUUUCAGAGUUGGGUUCAUCAUUGAAGCGUGGUUCGGGUGAUAUUGGAUGGGAAUAUGCGGAGUUGGCGGAUGCCUCAAACUUGGAUAGGUUGAAGUGUAAGUUGUGUGGGAAAUUAGUUAGUGGUGGGAUAUAUCGAAUGAAGCAACAUAUUGCCCACAUCAAGGGAAAUGUGGCUCCUUGUAAAAAGUCUUCGGAUGAGGAUAAAGCCAAAUGCAAGAAUGCUAUUGAAGAGGCAAAGAGUAAGAAGAAACAAAAGAGUAGACAUGAAGCAGAAGUGAGGCAAGAAGUCAUUUUUGAAGGAGAUGAAAACAAUGAAGCGAGUCAAGGGACAAGAAGAAUGCCGCAUACUCUUGGGCCUAUGGACUGUUUUGCAACCCCCAUCGAUCCGGAUUCUUCAUUAGAUGGAAGUAGGAAGAUGAGACAACAAAAUAUCAAUGAUGCACUUUUCAAGCAAAGAACACAUAAUGUGCAUCAAUACUUGGCUAGAUGGGUGUAUGAAGCCGGGAUUCCUUUUCAUGCCGUUGAUCGUGAUAGCUUCAAGAGGUUUGUUGAAGCGGUUGGUCAAUUUGGCCCGGGUUACCGACCUCCAAGCCAAUAUCAAUUAAGGGAGCCACUAUUGAAGGAAGAGGUAGAGAGAACUAAAAGUUUAUUGAAGAAGCAAGAAGAAGAGUGGGCUUUGAAUGGUUGCUCUAUUAUGACCGAUGCUUGGAGCGAUCGGAAAAGAAGAAGUAUCAUGAAUUUGUGUGUCAAUUGUGCGGAAGGCACAACUUUUCUUUCUUCUAAGGAAGCAUCGGAUGAGGCACACACCGGGACGUAUAUUUUUGAAUAUGUGGACAAAUGCAUUGAAGAUGUUGGGCCACAAAAUGUGGUUCAAGUGGUGACGGACAAUGCUUCAAAUAAUAUGGCGGCGAGAGAUUUGAUGAAGUUGAAGAGGCCAAACAUAUUUUGGACUUCAUGUGCAACUCACACCUUGAAUCUUAUGCUUCAAGGAAUUGGCAACCAACCUAGAUUCAAAGGGGUGAUUGAGAGGGCAAAGAGCUUCACCAUCUAUAUUUAUGCACAUCACAAGACUUUGGCAUUGAUGAGGAAGUUUACAAAGAAAAGAGAUAUAGUGAGGCCGGGAGUCACUAGAUUUGCAACAGCUUUCCUCACUUUGCAAAGCUUGAUGGAGAAGAAGAAUGAGUUGAGAGCUAUGAUUACUAGUGAUGAAUGGAAUGAAAGCAAGCAUGCAAAGAGUGUAAAGGGGAAGGCGGCGGUGAAUGUUGCUUUGAGUGCUUCUUUGGAAUGGGUAAGUCUUUGCUUGAAGGUGUUUGCCCCUUUAGUCAAGGUGCUUCGCCUUGUUGAUGGGGAUAGAAAGCCAUCAAUGGGCUUUGUGUAUGGAGAACUACUUAGAGCCAAGGAGGAGAUUAAAAUGGCAUUCAAAGAUCAAGAAACUCACUAUCGUCCAAUCCUUGACAUUGUUGAUGGAAAAGCCCGUGGUCGACUUGAUAUUUUGUGGUGGAAUAUUUAUGGAAACCUUGUACCAAGAUUGCAAAGUAUGGCUAAAAGGAUACUUUCAUUGACCACAAGCUCAUCCGGAUGUGAGAGAAAUUGGAGCGCUUUUGAGGGGAUCCAUACAAAGAAAAGGAAUAGACUAGAUACAACAAGGUUGAACAAUUUAGUUUAUGUCCAAUUCAAUGCCAAGAUCAUCAACAAGAAGAGAAGAAUGUGGAUGUAUUACUAG